AUGGCUUCGGCAUUGCGAGAGAAAUUAAAACAAUUUGAAAAUUUAAAUUCACAAAAUAACCGACCUCUUCCUCCUUUACCAAAUAAGUUUCCGAAAUCAACAAGAAAUUCCAACCAAAAUAAAAUAAAUGAAGAUAAAGAUGAUAAAAAUGAUAAAGCUGAACCUGCUUUUAAAAAAAUAAAUAAAGUUGCAGCUCGACUUAAAGCAUUUGAAAAUGAUAAAAAUACUGUUAGUGAAUCAAUACUAUCUAAAAUCAAACCUAUAAAACGAACUGUGAAUAAAACAAUCGAUACUUCAUUAACUUCAUUGCCUUCUAACAAUGAAAAGUCAAUGAACCAACAAUCAUCUCCAAUACGAUCACCUGUUAGUCAAUCAUCCAUAAGGUCACCAGUUAGUAUUGAAUCAGAUCUUCUUAAAUAUAAAGGUCAUCAUCGAGAUGAUAGUUUUUCGAAAAGUACUUCAGAUUAUCAAUCUGAGGCAAGUCAAUUACGUUUAUCAGAUAACGAACAUAGUGUUGCUAGUACUGGUAUGACAUCACCAAUUGAAUCAAGUUCUAUGGAGAAGGAAGAGUUGGAAAUAUUAAAGAAAGAAUAUGAAACGAUGAGACUCAGACAAAGUCAAGAAACCGAUACAAAGAUACAUCAAUUAAAGAAUGAAUUAGAAAGGUUAAAAUUUGAUCAUAAGAUGGAAUUGGAAAAGGUAAGAAAAGAGUUAAAAGAUCAAGAAAUACAAAAUGAAGAACGAUUAAGGAAUCAACAAGAUGAACAAAUUAAUAAAAUAAUUAGAGAUAAUGAUAUUGAAAAGAAUAAAUUAAUGAAAGAACUUGAAUCAAUAAAAAUCUUAAAAGAUGAAGCCGAAAAUAAUUUAAUAGAAAAUAAACAGUAUUCAAAUCAAGAAAAAUUACUUCUUAGUCAAGAACAUGAACGAGAAAUGGAAAAACUUAAGGAUGACCAUUCUAAUCAAAUUAAAAUAUAUCUUAGUGUU